UAUCAACUUGCCACUCAACACCCAACAGGCAAAACGAUAUCAAGUGGGUACAACGUAAGCUUCAAAUCGUGUUUGUGUGGCAAGACUCAAGAGCACCGAGAUUUGUAUGUGGAUGUUCAACUGCUAACUGUUAAGAAGACAUUGCAGUGGAGAUAGGGAGAGAGGGGGAGAGAGAGAAUGGCUCUGAUGCGAAGAGCUUCUGCGAGCCUCCCACAACUUAUUGGAUUUGCAAACAGGUCCUUCAAAUCCUUCAGAUUCCCGGGCGACUCCCUCGAUUCCUCAACACCAUCUACUCUUACCCAUGGAAUCCACGUGUUCCAGUGCCCUGAUGCGGUCGGGAUUGUUGCGAAGCUAUCGGAUUGUAUAGCCAGUAGAGGAGGGAAUAUACUCGGCGCGGAUGUUUUUGUACCCGAAAACAAGCACGUGUUCUAUUCCAGAAGUGAGUUUAUUUUUGAUCCUGUUAAAUGGCCUCGGGAGCAAAUGGAUAAAGAUUUUGUUAAGCUAUCAAAAAUGUUCAAUGCUAUGAGAUCUGUUGUCCGGGUGCCAGCUCUGGACCCCAAAUACAAGAUUGCUGUCCUCGCUUCAAAGCAGGACCAUUGUCUGGUUGAUUUGUUACAUGGAUGGCAGGAUGGAAGACUUCCGCUAGAUAUAACUUGUGUGAUAAGCAAUCAUGAUAGAGGUUCAAACACCCAUGUGAUUCGUUUUCUUGAGAGGCAUGGUAUUCCUUAUCAUUAUUUACACACAACCAAAGAGAAUAAACGAGAAGGGGACAUCUUGGAAUUGGUUCGGAAUACUCAUUUUUUAGUACUUGCUAGGUACAUGCAGAUACUAUCUGGUAAUUUCUUGAAGAGCUAUGGAAAGGAUAUAAUAAACAUUCACCAUGGCCUUUUGCCAUCAUUCAAGGGCGGGAAUCCAUCUAAACAGGCUUUUGAUGCAGGUGUGAAACUGAUUGGUGCAACAAGCCACUUUGUGACUGAAGAACUUGAUGCAGGGCCUAUUAUUGAACAGAUGGUUGAGAGAGUGUCCCACAGAGAUAACUUGCAGACUUUUGUGCAGAAAUCAGAGAACCUUGAGAAACAAUGCCUUGCAAAGGCUAUAAAAUCAUACUGUGAGCUGCGAGUUUUACCUUAUGAACAAAACAGGACUGUUGUGUUUUAAAGGUGGAUGCGUAAUUGGGUGAUAUCAUCCCGACUACAAGGUUGGCCCGAUGAAGUUGUUCACCUUCUAUCUAAUUCUUUUUGGAGUACUGCAUGGCCUGGAAAUGCUUAGCCGGUACAUAAUCAACAUUGGCACUCUCCUCUUCUGCAUUUUCUCAACUCAGUUAUGACUUGGUCAUUUGAUCAACGAAAGCGGCUGCAAGAGUUCUUUGUACUGACCAUCUCGGCUUGGGCAUCAUCUGCAUGCAUGGACUUGACCCGUUCCCCCAUCUUUAACCCCUCUUUAUGGGUGAAUACUUACAUUUCAUUGCUGAUGUAAUAAUGAUUUCUAUCACUUUCAAUCCAUAAAAAUCAAUAUCUAAAUGUCAUAUUUCAUGAAAA